GCAGAGCUAUGAUGCAGACAGCGAAUCACAUGAGCAGGGAUAUGUUUACAAACUGAGCUGAGGAGGUGUGCUCACUAGCUCCAUUGUGAGGAAGAGGGACUGAGAGCAGAGAGAGAAAAAGAGAGAGUGGGACCAGAGAGCGGCUUCCUGGGUUAAAAUUAUCAGUGUUAGGCUAAUUUUUGCUGUCUCGUUUUUCACCCCCUCUUUGUCUGUUUUGGAAGAAGGGGAGCAGAUGGUUGGGCCUGACAGAGCAGAGAGCACAACGCAAGUGCAGGCAAAAUAGCUGCUUUUACAGGAACCCUGGGCACUGCAGGGAACCAUUCAAGUUCUUCCUUUGUUUCCCAUAAUUAGCAGGUUUUCACAGCAAGAGAGGAAAUCUAUGUCGAGACGAGUAUUCAAGGAAGGCGGAGGCAGAGAGAGAGAGAGGGAGAGGAAAACAGGACUUCAGAGGAUCAGGGGAGGGAGGGAUAAGCCUUGUGACAAUGUUUUGAAGGGGAGACAAAGCAAAGCAGCGACUGCACUCAGCUGGAUAGAUUGAGUUAGCUGCAUGGGAGUUCUCUCCAGUUGGAAUAUUAACAAUAACAUUGAUGUGUCUUUAACCUGCGAGGGUAUGAUGUUUAUCCCCUAAUAUAAACACGGCUAUGCUCUGGAAAUCCCUUUGUUUAUUUGAAGAGGGGAGGCAUUGCAAUACGGAUAUAUUUGAUUCUGUUGCCUUUAAUAACUUCACACUUUUUAGCAUCAUUUGGGAUUUUAAAAAGUAGCUAUCAAUUCCUGAUGAAAUUGUUGCUUGAUUAUUCACAUAAUGACAAACCAUCACAAAGAAGAGUGUGGAUUUCAACAAUGAGUGAGUUGUUUUUGUAAUGUUUUACUGGAUAACAGAGCAUCAUCCACAGGAGAGCUUCUUGGGGAACUGAGAAUGUUUAUCACAAUGGGAUUGACUCAUAGCCUACAAAUAAAAGUCAUUUUCAUUGGGGACACAGAAGAGGUUGGACUCACAUCAUUGUCUGGAAGACAGUGACUUUUUUGGGGACAACCUCCUCGAUCUGUCGGCACCCCAACAUAGACCCAGGACUGGCUGUGACCCCAGACACAGUGACUCUAGAGGUUGUGAGUAACUUCAGACGUUUUGACCCCCAUCCACUGAUUCCCUGGGUCCCUCUGGCUCUCUUGAGGCUGAUUUCACCCAGUCCAGGGUGUCACGGUAGUGCUGCUGGUGAUGGUCUGAAACGGCUGCAUGGACUGAAAGGACCAAAUUCCAAUUCCCCAUCACACACACACACACACACACACACACACACAAAAAACACAUACACACACAUCCCCAGGCCGACAAACAAGCGUAACACAUUCAAGUCCAACAAUAUACUGCAUAUUAUACUACAGUGGUAUUCAAAAUCGGGAUUAGGAGCAACACAUUUAAGAGUACAGAUUAUGGAUGUCUGUGUGGUUUAAGAUCGUAGAUCUCAGACCUUUUACGGCAAGAUGACAUCGGAAGACAUCUACCACCUGCCCCUCAACAUGUACGUUAUCAUCCUGGGCAUUGGCCUCUUCAUCUUCAUGCUCAGCCUGAUCUUCUGCUGCUACAUGUUCAGGUUAAGGCGACAAGGCACAAGGGAGCAAUAUGGAUAUAAUGAGGUUGUUUUGAAAGGAGCAGGAAAGAAACUGAGUCUUCUUGGACAGACCUGUGCCGUGUGCUUAGAAGAGUUCAAAAGCAGAGACGAGCUUGGAGUGUGUCCCUGCUCACAUGCCUUUCACAAGAAGUGUCUGUUAAAAUGGCUGGAGAUCCGCAGUGUCUGCCCCAUGUGUAACAAACCCAUCUCCCGUUUGCAGCCAGACCCCCCUCAGGGCGCAGAGAGGCCCCAGAGCCCAAUGGAGGUGUGAGAUGAGCGAGGGACCACACUGCAGCACCACAACACCCCUAAUUACAGUUCCCACCUACCUAAUCCCACUCCACUCCGCCGGACCCCUAAAAAUCACACCCUGGUCCAGUUGAAGUGAAUCAGGCAUUCCAUCCUGACGUCUUCCAUAUACCCCCAUCCUAGAGUUCUGACAGACUCUACUCUUGUUUUGAAGGUGUUAGACCCCUGAAGGUGUGUGUGAGAUGAGACUUUGAAGUGGAACUCAUAGAACAAUAUUGGAGAACAAACUGAAUGUUUUUUUAUCUAAAAGGCAGGGGAUGGAUGAAGAGACCCUGUCCCAUGACCACCGGCCAACCCCUACAGGAGAAACAGUGGGUACUGAAAAAGAGUUGGGAUGCUGUGCAUUGGGCCCUACUUUCCCAAAUCAUAAUCAAUAACCCGCCAUCCCAUGUUGCCAAGUGAAGAUAGGGUGUCCUGAUUGGUCGAUGAGUAACAUGGGGCCUGGAUGGAGGUAACACGCACAUACCAUGCCCACAGCUGCCAUCAUGGGCCUAUGAGGUAUUCAGCUAUGACAUAGGGUGCAGUGACCCUGUCACUAAAUAACACUUCAGGGUCAUUCUUGACUUGCAUUGCCAUUUGGGCAUGGUAUUUUGGAAGAAAUUAACUUCAUGUUUGUUUGUUUUUAUUUAAAUGUACAGUAUAUGGGUACAUCUUACUAUUCUAAAUCAACUUUUAUGGCAGCUUAAUGACUUUAAAUAUCAAUUAUGGUAAUGACACAUUUUAGGUAAUUGAGUAUUUUCUUAAAUGGAGAGCACAGAUGCUCAAAUGUCCUUAACCCUAAAGGGAAAUGAUUAAUCUUUUAAUCACAAUGUAAUUUCCCUUACAUUUUUACAUUUAAAUUGAGUAAUACCAAUGACAAUUUUUAUUUAGACACCAAGUCAUCAAUGGAAUCCUCAAAAUUAUGACAUGCUAAAAGGGUGUGAUUAGCUAAGAACUUUCUUUAAUAUAGACACCUCCCCCAAUAACAGUUUGCAACUGGAGGGAAUGCUCAAGGUCCUUGUAUAUUUUUUGGGUAAUGAGUAAUUUUAGAAACGCCUAACUAAAAUCUGCCGUAAUUGCAUCAGAUGCCCGAUUAGCUUCUGGGGGAGAUGUAUGAGAAAAGAUAGGCCUACUAACGAGACAAGAGAAGUAACUUUAAACAAUGCAUUAAAUAUACAGUUUUGCAGUAGAAAUUGAUUUAUCUAUAUUUUAUCAAUGAUAAACAGUACAAUAUAAACAAAAACAUGUAUGAUGUGUAAGUAUUUGUUAUUUGAAAGUGUUUUUCAUUGUUGCAAAGCCGAGGGACGCAAAUGCCACUGCAAUUCAAGAAUGACCCAUCAAUGAAAUAUAUAAUUUUAAAAUUAUUUCUAAGGAAUUGUUUUGUAUUAUAACUGGCUUUCAAUAAAGUGUAUUGUUUCAGUGA